GUCACGUUGACUGUCAUUUCGAUUUGACAAGCUCUUUCCGUUUCCUUUUUCCGCGAACGUCCAACAUGAAAGCCAAGGGAUUGUUGAAGGAGUACGAGGUCGUGGGCCGCAAGGUGCCAACCGAGAAGGAGCCCCAGACUCCCCUCUAUAAGAUGCGCAUCUUCGCUCCCGAUAACAUCGUGGCCAAAUCCCGCUUCUGGUACUUCCUGCGCCAGCUGCAGAAGUUCAAGAAGACCACCGGCGAGAUUGUGUCCAUCAAGCAGGUGUACGAGACAUCGCCGAUCAAGAUCAAGAACUUCGGUAUCUGGCUGCGUUACGACUCCCGUUCCGGCACCCACAACAUGUACCGCGAGUACCGUGACCUGACCGUCGGCGGUGCCGUGACACAGUGCUACCGUGACAUGGGUGCUCGUCACCGUGCCCGUGCCCACUCCAUCCAGAUCAUCAAGGUGGAGUCGAUCCCCGCCGCCAAGACGCGCCGCGUGCACGUCAAGCAGUUCCACGACUCCAAGAUCAAGUUCCCUCUGGUCCAGCGUGUGCACCACAAGGGCAACAGGAAGCUGUUCUCGUACAGGAAGCCCAGGACCUACUUCCAGUAAAAUGGAUAGGAUUUACCCGCAUCCGAUUGACUAUAACAUAGUGGUUUUUUCAAUAAAUGAGUACGUUGAAGAGUAAA